AUGAACAGCAGUAAUGUCACAACAACCGUCACUGAAUUCAUCCUAAUGGGAUUCCCAGGCCUCCUGCCGCAGCAUAAUGGACUAGCAGCAACCACUCUCUUUUUAAUAUACAUAGUACUUGCUACAGGGAACAUUUUCAUCAUUGUGUUUGUAGCCUGGGAAAGAAGCCUUCGAAAACCAACGUAUUUCAUCUUCUGCAACCUGGCUUUGUGUGACCUCUCAUUUGGAACAGCCACACUGCCCAGAGUGAUUUCUCGUUACUGGACUGGAGACAAAGUUGUCUCAUUCAAUGAGUGCUUCACACAAAUGUAUUUUGUCCAUUUCUUAGGAGCUAACAGUUCAUUUCUCUUGGCACUGAUGGCCUUGGAUCAAUUUAUUGCUAUAAAUUAUCCUCUGCGAUAUCCUAUACUUAUGAAAAAUUCCACCAUCACAGUUCUCUGCACUUGUUCAUGGCUAUUUAAUGUAAUCCAAAUGGCAGCUGUUGUUAUUCAGGCCCUCUCACUGCAUUACUGUGGUCCAAAUGUAAUAACUCAGUGCUACUGUGACCAUAUCGCAAUAACCAGAUUGGCAUGUGAAAAUGUUAGAGAAAUACAAGUUAUUGCAUUUGGUAAGGCAAUGUUCAUACUUCUUGGACCUUUAUCUUUCAUUAUAUUUUCAUACAUCUCAAUCAUUAUUUCAGUCAUGAAAAUCUCUAAUACAGAGGGACGAUACAAAACCUUCUCAACAUGCACCCCACAGCUUUUAAUUAUAUGUUUGUAUUAUCUUCCAAGAAGUUUUGUCUAUCUGGCCAAUAACAUAGGAUUUCAUAUCAGCACUGACAUUCGUAUUAUGCUGAUUAUGUGUUACAGCCUAUUCCCUGCUCUUAUCAAUCCAUUCAUAUACUGCUUUCGGACAAAAGAAAUCAAAGAGGCUUUGAUCAAAAGAUUUAAAAGCAGAUGA